AUGCCACCAAGAGGAAGAAAGAACACACCAGCUUCAUCCACUAGUCCGAGUGUGAAUACAGGCAAUGUGAGUGGUGGUUCGAAUCGAGGAGCGUCAGCAACACCUGUAACGGGUGGCACGACUACUACGACCGGAACAGCAACAACAGGAGAUAAAACUACAGCAGCAACACCUGUUGCUAAGAAACCACCAGUUCUCUCUCAAUAUCAAUUAUUAGCACAAAAAAAGUCAAUAGCUCCUCCGCUUUAUCCGACAGAUGUCACUAUUCAAAAGUGCAAGCCAAUAAGCAACUCUUUACACCACAUGAUCGAUCAAUUAAGAGCAUCUAGGUUAAGAAUUAGAAACUCUCCAUAUUAUAUUGAUUCACAAACACCUUCAGCAAUGGACGAAAAGAAAGAUCCUUUGUUGAGCGCCCUAGGUAUAAAGGGAGACUUUUUCCCUUCAGAACUUGUUGUGAAACCCUCAAAGAAAAGAUUACAAGUACUCUAUAAGAAAGUUGCAACUUCUGAAGAAAACACUGUUCAAAAACUAGAAAAAUUAUUCCAACAAAAAGAUGAUUUUGGAGAAGAUAUUGACGAAGACGAAACUGCAGAAAAUUUGUUUGAUGAAGCUGAAGAAGAAGAAGAGGAAGAUGCAGAUGCUGACUAUACCUAUGCACAUUUCGACGAUGACGAAGAUUAUUUGGAUGAUGACGAUUUUGGUGGCGAUGGCGGAGACGAAGGACCAACCAUGUAA